AAUGAAGCCACGCGACAAAGGAGAAUAGCAAUCAAGUCUUAUUGGAAGAGUAAAUCUGACCAUCUCAAGGAAAAGCCAGCAGACUUUUACAGAACUUUUAUGCCAUUUCUAGGCUCGAAUGCCCGGGCAAGAAGCACCGAGUUUAAUAUCAAAGUUGGAAAUGAAAUUGUCAAGAAUCCAGACAAGGUAGCUGAAACCCUAGCCAAUUAUUUUGCUUCAAUUGCAGAUGGCAUCGGUGGAGAUAAUAUUGAAAAUUAACGGAAAGUGAUUUCAACAACCAUCCAAGGGUCUUAAAAAUAGCACAGUGCUCGACUCAACGUGAUGCUAUAAAACUAAACCCCCUUCACAAAGUGCAAGUUCAAGAAGCAAUGCAGUCCUUAAAAGUCAAGAAAGCAUCUGGCUGUGACUCCAUUCCUCCGUUUGCUUUAAAAGUUGGCGCAGAGGCAAUUGCUAUUCCUCUCACUACGUUAUUUAACAGAUGCAUAAUGGAGAGUAAAUGGCCACAGUCAUGAAAAAAGGGGGAAUGGGUUCCAGUCUUUAAAAGUGAUGACCCCCCCUAGUAAAGGUUAACUAUAGACCUGUCACUGUUCUCCCGGCUACAGAUAUGGCCUUUGAGCAGAUUGUAGCUAAGCAACUUGUGGGGAUGUUUGAUUACCGUCUUGGGCAAGCCCUGUCGGCCUAUUGGAAGACUCACAGCUGUGAGACUACUCUCAUUAAUCUUAUCGAGAACUGGAGACAUGCUAGGGACAAUAAGCACCUAGUAGGAACC